UUGAAAGGAUCGGCGGUGCUACCACUGUCAAUGGCAUUCAAUCCAUAGAUGUUACGUUAUGAUGUGACAGCUGUCAGUAUUGUCUGUACAUGUUGAGCCACAAAAAGGAUUACAUCACAAUUCUCGUAUAACCGCAGACAACGAAGGAAGAAUCGCAAAGUUAGACUGUUAUAGUCUUCAAUGACCAUUCACUCUAGAUCCUAUCUACACGCAUGACAGGUAUGGCUCUUGGUCUUGACGGGUAAAGCAAUGGCGACAGAAGAUAUUUCGAAUCAACAACAGGGUGAUGAUAACUGGUAUUCAAAACAUAAGCUGUGGAUUAAGGCAAACAUUAAACAACGGGAAUGCCGCAUUUUCAAAAGCGAAGCUUAUGGGGAAGACUGUGUGUGUGGUAAAUCCAAAGAGGACCAUGUACAGUUCCACGAAAACGUAAGAUGGAAAAAGGAAGUCAAUACACAAACAGCAGCCACAGAAGCCUUUGGAACCACUGAGAUAGGAGACGAUGAGGACGAAGAAAGGCAUGAAAUACAGUUUGUGAGAAUAGAUGAGGAUACUCCAUUCAAACAUAUUAAGCAUCUGCUCUUUGAAGUAUGGAAUAUCAACGAGCCGAAAUGGAUUUUACCACUGAUUGGAUCUCAAACAGAUGAUCUAGAAAUAGAGAAUCAGAUGAAAGGAGAAAUCUCGUUUCUGUUUCAAAAACUGUCGACAGUUUCAGAUUUGUGGAUACUCUCUGAUGGCUUAGACGAGGGAAUAUCGGAGUAUAUACUGGAAGCUAAGGCAGAAGCAGUAUUAUUUGAAGAUAGGAUCACCUCAAUCGGUUGUUCAUCGUGGACAGAAGGUCUCAUGGAAGAGGUAUCUGACACCUAA